AUGGUGGAUAGACCGCACCGGCCGUCGGCGCUCGCCGCUACCCCGGGCCUCCCGCCGCAGGCGCAGGUCACCAUCUCGCACGGCAACGCGCGCGUCCUGGCCGAACUGCCGACGGGCGAGAGCGUUGUCGUGCUGCUGCACGGCGCCACAGUGCUCAGCUGGAAGGACGCGGCCGGCGACGACAAGCUCUGGCUGAGCGAGGCGGCCAAGCUCGAUGGCACCAAGGCGGUGCGCGGCGGCAUCCCGCUCGUUUUUCCCGUCUUUGGAGCAGGCAGCAACGGCGACAAGACGAAGGACCUCCCGCAGCACGGCUUCGCGCGCAACUCGCGCUGGGAGUUUCUAGGCAAGUCUACCAGCGAGGGCGACAGCUCCAACGUCAAGCUCGACUUUGGCCUCUCGUCCGAGUCGCUGGCCGACGAGUACCGAAAGGCCUGGCCCUACCGCUUCGGCCUGCUCUACAGCGUCACGCUGACCCGCGAGAGCCUGACGACCACCAUUGUCAUUACCAAUGAUGGCGACGAGCCCUUUGAGUUUCAGACGCUCCUGCACACAUAUUUCCGCGUCAAGGACAUUUCCAAAGUCUCCAUCGACGGCUUCGACAACGCCCCCUACAUUGACCAGCUCGCGGCCCGGGCUGCCAAGACGCAGACGGGCGCCAUCACCUUUAACGGCGAGCUUGACAGCAUAUACACGCCCGCCGGCGGCCCGGCGCAGCCCAUCACGCUCCACGAGGUCGGCGGCCGCCAGUGCCUGCGCCUAGUCCGCGACAAUCUCGAUGAUGUCGUCGUGUGGAACCCGCACGCCGCCAAGGCAGCCGGCAUGGCCGACUUUGAACCCAAGGACGGCUGGAAGACGAUGGUCUGCAUCGAGGCCGGCAGUGUUCGCGGCUGGCAGAAGUUAGACAAGGGCGACGCUUUUGAAGGCGCCCAGACGAUUCACCUGUAA